AUGGAAGUUCCCACAGCAUUGUCGGAUCCUCCUGCGUAUCUCGCCCUAUCAAAAUUCAAUCGGCGACUCAAACGAUGUCCACGGACCAACCUCUCAGUGACGUUCUCGGAUAUAGGGGAUGAAAAUGGUAUACCUCUGCUUUACUUACUUCCGAGUGGGUGUAGCCGGUGGAUUGCAGCUCCUAUGGAUCCACUCUUGAAAGCGUAUGGGGUACGAAUGAUAGUGGUUGAUAGACCAGGGUGCGGAGGGACUAAUGAAGUCCCUUUAGGCGAAAGGAUCGAUCGAUCAUGUGAGAUGAUCGUGUCGGUUUUGGAGCAUUUGAAUAUAAAACCAACGAACAUACUAGCUUCUUCAGCCGGGAUAUAUUACGCUCUUACACUCCUGACCCGACAUCCAUCAGCAUUCUCAACGGGCCUUAACCCUCCUCCGAGGUUGUUCCUCAUCGCACCCUGGAGUCCAUUGUUGCCUGUUGAUCAUCCGGAUUACUGGCCUUUCAGAUGGGAUUGGAUACCUAGUCCGUUGAUUGCGACUCAGCAUCUGACUACUCCUCAUUUGAUCAAAGCCGCUACACAAGCUCAGAAAGCUUAUGAUACAGGCAUAAAAGUGUUCAACAACAGUAAAUCGAUAGCGCUAAAAUGGUUCAAGUCAAUAACUGAAGAUCCCAAUUCGCCAUCCUCGACAGCAACUACAACCUCAAGUCUGACUCCGACUCCGAUCUCUUCCACUACGAAUACCAGCACACCUUCAAAUGUAGGAACGAAUGAGAAUGGUGGUAAUGGUGAUAUCGCUAAAUCCGCCAGUGAUAUGUUGAAUAAUAUCAGAGGGUCAAACACAGCCAAGCCCUCGGUGGGCGAAGGUACGGAUAUACCUGAUCUUACGGAAACUACCCCUAUGGAGAAUGAAGAAGAAAAAGAUGAUGCAUCUCAGCCUAAGAGUAGGUUAUGGGGUAAAUGCGAAUGUUGUGUAGCUUGUCUGACCAGCUCAUAUAUGAGUGCGGAGAAUGGGCAAGGAAUAGGACAAGAGCACCUUAUAUGCCUAAAUAGAGGUUCAGAAGAUACAGGCUCCGAAUGGCUGAGACGCACCGUCAAAGAUCUAGCAGAUACAAUCGAAUUUGCACAGUUGGAGAAUACUCCUCUUGCCAAACCAAGUCAUCCGGACGACGAUCAGGAUGGAAAAGGUAGGAACAAGAGGAAAGUACCGUAUCCAAUAGAAAUUGACGUUUGGUGGGGAUGGUUGGAUGAUAUGGUAUUGAGGAAGGGACAAUUGUAUUUCAACAAGAUACUUGACGCUUAUCCCGAUACGAUAAAGCUGACGAUUCAUGAUGUCGAAGAUGGAGAUCAUACGGAUUUGUGA